GGACUGCAUCAGCUCUAUUCGCUUAUCAUCAAAAAUGCGAAAUUACCUGCGAUUCCGGACGAAUUAUUCGCCUAUACUCCGAAUGUCAUGACGCUGGAUAUGACUGGGAAUGAGCUGAAGAUUGAACCAUAUGCGUUAAAAUCUUUGGGGAAUUUGAUACACCUCGAUCUCAGCAAUAAUUCCAUCAAUUUCCUUGCAAACACUCUGAUCUCACUUACGAAGUUGAAGGUGCUAACGAUGGACAACAAUAAAUUGACGAAUAUCGAUUUUCGGAGGCUGCCUGAGGAACUGACGGAUCUAUCGCUUCGACAUAAUUUCAUCACUACUGUACAUUACUUGCCUCAAAGUGCGAGAAAUCUUCGCCGAUUGGACUUAUCCGGAAAUUUGCUAGACUUCCUUUCCGGAAGCGGUUCUGUGAAUAUGCUUCCUCCUGGUCUAAAGCAAGCAGAUUUAUCUAACAAUCGGAUCGCAUUUAUUCAAGAAGGGGCUCUAGCGCACAUGGAGAAGCUAGCUUUGCUGGAUUUGAAAGGAAAUCACCUAACCGAACUGAAAGAAGGCUCACUCGCAGGACCAAAAACCCGGCUUCGCUUAUUUCUUGAAAACAAUCCGUUCAAAUGCCAUUGUGGAUUACGGUGGCUACUACACGCUAAGGAUAAGGUUGUCAGUGGUUUAUUUUCUUUCUUGUCAGGAUUGCUAGUGCUCUAG